UAGACACGCCCCUAAAAUGGCGUAUGAGUUGCGACCAAGGAAACCCACUGCAAGUUCUGGCGUUGUGCCUGAAAACGUAGAUAGAGAGCACACUAAUUCCAUCAAAUAUGAGUCAAGAAAGCCGGGAAAGAAAGAAAAGGAGAAUGAUGAUGUACAAACUCAGACCUCUGUAUCAGCUCAGAAAUCUGUUAGUAUGAAUGUUCAGUCGAACAAAUGGGAUACCAACAAACAUACAACAGGGGUUGGUAGCUCUGCUAGCGAUUCAACUAAUGGAACAACUGCAUCGUCUGGGGAAGAAUCACCAAGGAAACUGAUGAUCAUGCCACCACCAAGGAAGCCGAUGAUCAUGCCACCACCAAGGAAACCGAUGAUCAUGCCACCACCAAGGAAACUGAUGAUCAUGCCAUCACCAAGGAAACUGAUGAUCAUGCUAAGUGUGCCGAUCAUCAUACUGGCUGUCACAUUGUGGUUUGUAUGGCCGGAUUCUGCUGUUAUGACUAGUGAACGAAUACCUAAGAAUCGAACAUCUACUGACGAUUUUAUAAAACAUUUCCAGGAACUUCAGCAGUCAUUUCCUAGCCAAACUGGAAGAUUUUGGAAGACUGUUUCAUCUAGAUCCAGGAGACAUCUUUCUUCGAUGCCACCAAAACGUCCCCUGGUGUUUAUGAUAGCAGCAGAUUCGCAAACAGCUGGAACAAGCCAGUGCUUCGCCCAACGUCUUGGUCAUGCUCUUGAUUUGUCCAAACCACGACUGCUGAAUGGGUCAGUGUUUCAAGGUGCAAAUGGUGGUGAUGUCAAACUCAAGCUAGACACGACUCUUAGGCAAUACUUUGAUAACAACCUUGCAGGAACAGUUAUUAUCGAUCACAUCGAAUUGCUUCCACCUUUGUCGCCAUUUCUUUUUUACUCAUACUGUGACAAUGACAAUGCUGUCUAUCCAUAUGCGACCAUUAUCUUUGUUACUCAUAUGCAGAUUGACAUGAGUAGCCUCGAUCAUGUCGAAGCAGAGACGGCAGUCGAACAUUUUCUCAGUAAGGAGGUAUGGAGAGAUAACCCUCCUUACGAUCCCAGUGCUGUGGCUGCACUCUUAUCUCGAAUAACAGACACUGUGCUGAUUCCAAAGACGGAAUUACUAGAAAUAUGCUAAGUGCGACUGCUUCUUUUGUAACAAGUCUGUAAGCAAUUUUUUUGUAAACGUUGAAUGCGUGACCACUAUCUUAAUUAACUGCUGAGCCUUCUGAAAGGUAUGGUCUGUGAGUCAUAUGUGUUGCUGUAUUAGUCUCGUGUAUAUGUCCAUAUGGGUAUGCAGUCCA